GCGGGAGCAGCUCAUCAAAGCUUUGCCUCUGACUUAACCACCUUGCUGUCUUCACCCUUCUCGAAGCGUCACAAAACCUUAAUUCGGAUCACCACGAACUAAGUCAAGACCUAUUAUCUUGACAAUAACGGGAAUGCUUUCGGAACGCCGUACAAUCGGAGGACAUGAGGAGGUGGAUUGAGCGAAAAGUGAAAGGAGAUGAUGAUAUUUACUUCGUGAUUGGCUAUCGUACGAUAACAGACGCUCAUGUGGAAGCACGCGGAGGAGUACAGGUCGUGUUGGGUGGGAAGCUAGUGAUGCCAGUAUCCGCAGGAUUGACCGCAGCAGAGAAAUGAUAACUUAUGAGCAAGUCAGCU